GCUAUUGCGGAAGUGUCGCUGUACGGGUGCCGGCUGUAUUCCCGGUAACGCAAUGUUCCGCAUACUUGUUUAACGCGUGUGAACUUGACUUUCUGAUCAGAGAUGGCGAAACCUAAGUUAAUAGUUUUUGACCUUGAUUACACCCUAUGGCCGUUUUGGGUGGACACUCAUGUUUGUCCUCCAUUCCACAUCGAUGACAGUGGCACUGUGAGAGAUUCAAGAUUUGCUAAAGUUUCUCUUUACCACGAUACUGAAAAGAUCCUGAGCUCACUCCAUAGCCAAGGAUUCAAGAUUGGCAUCGCAUCACGGACCAGCGAAACGGAGGGAGCCAAUCAGCUGCUGUCGCUUUAUAAGCUCAACCAAUACAUUUCCUUCAAGGAGAUUUACCCCGGGUCAAAGGUCACUCACUUUAAAAGGCUUAAAUCUGACAGUGGGGUCCAGUUUUCUGACAUGAUGUUUUUUGAUGAUGAAGAAAGGAACAUUGUGGAGGUCGGACGUCUGGGUGUUCAUUGUGCGUUGGUUCGUAACGCCAUCACAUGUAAAUUAGUCAACGAUGAACUUGAAAAAUUCAAGAGAAAACAGUGACGUCCGUCUGUGCUUCUGGAGAUACAGCUGCUGAAAAAGAUUAUAAAUAUUUAUUAUAGUAAACAUUAAAUCAUGCUAGUUUUUAUUCGGUUUUACAGUUGUGAGUGUUACAUAGUCAGUGUGUCGUAAUGUUAAUGUAUUUGAAUUUUAUAAAAUAUUAUGAUAUAAAGAAUUAAGGGCCGUUCACAUUGUAAAAUUAACUUUAACGUUAACUAGCGUCCACCGGACGAUAACAAUAACUUUAUGCUAUAUUCUGUCACGAGGCGCAAUACUCAUGCAAAUCAAAUCAAUGGCUUUAACUAAUAUUACAUAUUUCCAUUAAUAAAAAGGCUUGUAAUUGUCAUGUCAUUAAAUUUAUAAAUUGGUUGCAAUUACAGCGGCUAAAACCAGCAGAUGUCCUCUACGAGAGACAGGGUUUCGCUAAACAUUAAAUCUAGUUUGUGUAUCUAAUAUCUUACCUUUUGAAAAGAAAAGUGAUACCAACGAUAUCGUUCAUUGUAUCUUUAUCAUUAUAGUUGUGGUGUAAACUCCGCUAUUCUCUUUAGAAUAAAAAUAUUUUUAAAACAAUAUUUUUUUAUACAGUAGUUAUUGCUGUCUUAUAAUGUGAACAGCACUUUAAUUUUUAGGAAUAUUUUAAAGGAAAAACUUUUAAGAAAGUAAAGAUAGUUUAAUUUGCAAUCUUAAAUCUUUCAUAAAAUGAUUGUAGUUUACUUCAAAAUUACAACAUGCAUUUUGAAAGUAUGUUUCAAAUUGGUUAUAUUGCACAUCAUACGGUGCGUAAAUGUUAGGGCUGCAUGAUACUGGGAGAAAUGAUGUUAUGUAACCCUGGCCACGAAACCAGUCAUAAGUCAUACAGGUAAAUUUGUGGCAAUAGCCAACAAUAAAUUGCAUGGGUCAAAAUUAUAAAAUUAUAAUUUUUUUUAUCAUGUUCCAUAAAGAUAUUUUAUAUAUUUCCUACUGUAAAAAUAUCAAAAUGUAUUUAUCGUUGGUAAUAUUUGGUGCUUUUAUUUGGAAAACUUUAAAUGUGAUUUUCCCCCUAUAUUUUUACUUUUUGGAAAUACAUUGUCCUAUCCUAACAAACUAUACAUUAAUUGAAAGCGUAUUUAUUCAAAUAUCAGAUUAUCUUUUUUGUGGUCACAUGGUUUUUCUGCAGUGUAUAUUACUAUAUGACAAUACUGAAUGACUUCACCAGAUGACUUAUCAACUUCCUUGUAUUUCUUGUAUGUUUCUGAGAUGGUUUAACAUAAACAUACCUCUUGUCAAGCAA